AUGGAACCUUUCAAAUCUUAUGGAACGGGAAUGACUAGCAAGCUUUUCUGCUUCAUGUUUUACAUUUAUGAUGGGAAUGUCGCAGUCAUUAAGGAUUUACCAAAAAAGGAGCAAAAAUUUAAGAAGGCAUCUCAACAAGCAGAAUCCGUUGGAUUACCUACAAAGAAAAAGAAGCCAAAAACUAAAGAGAGGAAAUUGGAGGAAUCAUCUUCGGCAAACUUGCAGGGGAAUUCUAAUGGAAUCAAGAAGAAAAAGGCCUUGUUUGACUCCGACGAAGAUGAGGAUAUGAACGGUGAUAUCAAGUUUGCGAAUGAUAAUGACUCCGAAAUGGAGAUGGAUGACGAUUUCGGAAGUGACGACGAAGGUAUUAGUGAUAAUGGUGGGUCCCUAAGUGAUUAUUAAAU